CAAGUAAAUAAACUUCUCAUAAAUUUAUUUCAGGAAAUUCUUCAGUCUUCUCCUUCAUCUUUAGUUUUGCCAGCUGUUGACUGCAGGGCUACUCGGAAUCUCCUAAGUGUUCUUCAAGAAUCAGGAGAUUGGAAGUUAACAAAUGUGACUAAUUUAAAUGUCUCUCAGCUGGAACUGAAUGCAUCUAACCCAAACUUACUGGUGAUUCAGCUACAGCCACUUGCCAGUGGUUUAAAAGAGAUUUCCACUCUGGAAGCAGUUGCUGAAAAUGACAAAAUAAUUGGAAGAGUGACCAUGGAUCUGCAGGAACGAGGGAUUCAUUUUUCAGUAAUUUAUACUGCAGUGAGACCUUCGAGGGUUUCUAGAAGAACUGAUGUGGUGGCAGAAUUAAGACGACAAUUAAUGGCUGCUGAGGAAGAAGACAGUUUAUCAUAUCCUCCUCUGAAUGUGACCACUGGAAAUUAUUCCUGCAUCCUUUUUUAUGCUAGUAAUUUCAGCCUCAAAGCCAACGGUUCAGUUUUAAUAGAUUUGACAAAUGCAACAUUUUUAACACAGAAUGUGGAUAUUUCUGCUUCUGAGUGCUCAGACAGCAACACAACACUGUCAUUAAAAUACACAAAUCCAGUGAAUGGAAUCAGCAGCCUAGAGAUAAGGUUUUUAAUGACCAACAAGUUCUAUGAAGUCUCGGCUAGAAAAUGGUCCACUUUAAAUUCAGUUGAGAUUGUACAAGAUGGAGAAAAGUUUGCUAAAUUUAAUGUUUCUGGCAUCUCUGCCCCUGCAGAGUAUUCAUUUCAUUGUCAGCUGGUGGGAACAAGCAAUCUCUAUCCUGCAAGGCUGGUUCCAUCCAACAAUGAGGCAAAAAAUUGGGAUGUUUUCAUUUCCAAGCUGCAAAUUCAAGGCUUCAACAUUAUAGACAACCAGUUUUCCUAUGCAAGUGACUGUACAGGUUUCUUCACUCCUGGAAUUUGGAUGGGCUUGGUGACAUCUAUAAUUUUACUGUGGAUCCUGACCUAUGGAAUCCAUAUGAUCAUGCAGCUCACAACAAACAGCAGAUUUGACGAUCCCAAGGGUCCGGCUUUAUCAGUUCCUCAGACAGAAUAGCCAUGGAUUGACUUAAACAUCAGACCAGGAAAAGCCACAGCAACAUUAUGAUUUUAAUAAUCUUUUUACUUCAUAAUAUAUUUAACUUAAAAGGAUAUAAUGAGAAAACCAGAUAAUUAAGCAACAUAUAGAAAUGAUACUUAUGUUUGGCAACAAUAAUAAUUCUGUCUGUUAUUAUGGUCAUUUGUUAGCAGCUUUUUGUGUUGAGGUUCUGAAGUAAGACUGUAGAGGUUAUUAGUCUCUCUGGCUAUUAGAAAGACUAUUAAAAACUUCCUCAGAUUAACUUUUAUUGGCAAAGAAAACAUACCAAAACAUAGAUAAUUGGAAAGGAUAAAAUAUUUGAUGAGAAACUGUAUGUUGAAAAUUCUGGUUCUCUAAAGACUCUUUAGUCUCAUGAUGAUGCUAUAUCUUAGGAAAUUUUAACUGUGUUUGAAUUUUUUUCUCUUGAGUAAAACAUACAGAAAUGUACAGAACUAAUAAAGUGUAAGUCACUAAAUAAAUGGUCCUGGGAAGUCUUUUCAAAAUUCA